ACCGCCGCAGCCCGGAGCUGGGCAACAGAGCCUCGGAUUUUCCCUUCAAUGGUCGCGGGUCGUCAGAGCUCCAAUAGCCAGGAGCUCCCGUCGCUGCCGCCGCUGUCCUGCGACCCCGGGCAGGUGUAGACACACACGUGUGGCUGUCCACGCUGUAGGAUCCUCAGUUCCAAGGGCUUUGGACAGUCUUGGGGUUCACAAUGCCGCCACCCGCGGACAUCGUCAAGGUGGCCAUAGAAUGGCCGGGAGCCUACCCCAAGCUCAUGGAAAUCGAUCAGAAAAAGCCACUGUCUGCAAUAAUAAAGGAAGUCUGUGAUGGGUGGUCUCUUGCCAACCAUGAAUAUUUUGCACUGCAACAUGCCGAUAGUUCAAACUUCUACAUCACAGAAAAGAAUCGCAAUGAAAUAAAGAAUGGCACUAUCCUUCGGUUAACUACAUCUCCAGCUCAAAAUGCCCAGCAGCUCCAUGAACGAAUCCAGUCGUCAAGCAUGGAUGCCAAACUGGAGGCCCUGAAGGACUUGGCCAGCCUCUCCCGGGAUGUCACCUUUGCCCAGGAGUUUAUAAACCUGGACGGCAUCUCUCUCCUCACCCAGAUGGUUGAAAGCGGCACUGAGCGAUACCAGAAAUUGCAGAAGAUUAUGAAGCCUUGCUUUGGAGACAUGCUGUCCUUCACCCUGACGGCCUUUGUGGAGCUGAUGGACCAUGGCAUUGUGUCGUGGGAUACAUUUUCGGUGGCAUUUAUUAAGAAGAUAGCAAGCUUUGUGAACAAGUCAGCCAUAGACAUCUCAAUCCUGCAACGGUCCUUGGCCAUCUUGGAGUCAAUGGUGCUCAAUAGCCAUGACCUCUACCAGAAGGUGGCACAGGAGAUCACUAUUGGCCAACUCAUUCCUCAUCUUCAAGGAACAGACCAGGAAAUCCAAACCUAUACCAUCGCUGUGAUCAAUGCACUUUUCCUGAAGGCCCCUGAUGAAAGAAGGCAGGUUGAUGUAGAGAGCAAUGUUGACAUCCUUGAUUGUCCUCUGACUGAGAUGGCGAAUAUUUUGGCUCAGAAGCAGCUGCGCUCCAUCAUUCUAACACAUGUCAUCCGAGCGCAGCGAGCCAUUAACAAUGAGAUGGCGCACCAGCUCUAUGUUCUCCAAGUGCUCACCUUCAACCUCCUGGAAGACAGGAUGAUGACCAAGAUGGACCCCCAGGACCAGGCUCAAAGAGACAUCAUAUUUGAACUUCGAAGAAUUGCUUUUGAUGCCGAGUCUGAGCCUAACAACAGCAGCGGCAGCAUGGAGAAGCGCAAGUCCAUGUACACUCGGGAUUAUAAAAAACUUGGCUUCAUUAACCAUGUCAACCCUGCCAUGGACUUUACUCAGACUCCUCCUGGAAUGUUGGCUUUGGACAAUAUGCUCUACUUUGCUAAGCACCAUCAGGAUGCAUACAUCCGGAUCGUGCUGGAGAACAGUAGCCGAGAAGAUAAGCAUGAGUGUCCCUUUGGCCGCAGUAGUAUAGAGCUGACCAAGAUGCUGUGUGAGAUAUUGAAAGUGGGCGAGCUGCCUAGUGAGACCUGCAAUGACUUCCACCCGAUGUUCUUCACCCACGACAGAUCCUUUGAGGAGUUUUUCUGCAUCUGUAUCCAGCUCCUGAAUAAGACAUGGAAGGAAAUGAGGGCAACUUCUGAAGACUUCAACAAGGUAAUGCAGGUGGUGAAGGAGCAGGUUAUGAGAGCACUUACAACCAAGCCUAGCUCCCUGGACCAGUUCAAGAGCAAACUGCAGAACCUGAGCUACACCGAGAUCCUGAAAAUCCGCCAGUCUGAGAGGAUGAACCAGGAAGAUUUCCAAUCCCGUCCGAUUUUGGAACUAAAGGAGAAGAUCCAGCCAGAAAUCUUAGAGCUGAUCAAACAACAACGCCUGAACCGUCUGGUGGAAGGGACCUGCUUUAGGAAACUCAAUGCCCGGCGGAGGCAAGACAAGUUUUGGUAUUGUCGGCUUUCUCCAAAUCAUAAGGUCCUACAUUAUGGAGACUUGGAAGAAAGCCCUCAGGGAGAAGUGCCCCAUGAUUCCUUGCAGGACAAAUUGCCGGUGGCAGAUAUCAAAGCUGUGGUGACGGGAAAGGACUGUCCUCACAUGAAAGAGAAAGGUGCCCUUAAACAAAACAAGGAGGUGCUUGAACUUGCUUUCUCCAUCUUGUAUGACUCAAACUGCCAACUGAACUUCAUUGCUCCUGACAAGCAUGAGUACUGUAUCUGGACGGACGGGCUGAAUGCGCUGCUUGGGAAAGACAUGAUGAGCGACCUGACACGGAAUGACCUGGACACCUUGCUCAGCAUGGAAAUUAAGCUCCGCCUCCUGGACCUGGAAAACAUCCAGAUCCCUGACGCACCUCCACCCAUCCCCAAGGAGCCCAGCAACUACGACUUCGUCUAUGACUGUAACUGAAGUGGCCGGGCCCAGACAAGCCCCCACACCUCCCAAACUGGAAAAUCUAGCUAACAGGAGAGAGGAACGAAAACAUAACUCGUGCUUUGGAAUCAUCUUUUGGUAAAGGGAAGCUGCAGGUCACCCUCUCUUUGGCGUCACCUCUAACCCAAAAUUUUUUGGCCCCUUCCACCUCCUUGGAUCUGUUUCUGGACUCGCUGCUUUAGAUCUCUGCCCAUUGCUGCAGUUCACUUGGUGGGACAAUAGCCAAAAGCCACUGCUAGCAAGAGAGCCAUUGGGCAUUUCCAUCCUAAUCCCUGGCAGGAAAAUCCUUCCUUCCUAGAGUAGGAAAGCCAGCAGCCCCAGACCUCAAGGAAUGAAUACCCCAUGGCCUGUGCCUGGAAGAAAUGGCGCAGCUACCUGAUGGGAAGACAGACGCCAUGCUCUCCUUUCCCUUCUCUCGAGGGUCAGCUCAUGUCACCGGGUUCAUUUGAGUUGAGGUCUGCUUUGGGAUCUCUCUCCCCGUCUCCUGACUUGGCCUUGCCCUUGUCCUCUUGGGUCCCAAGGGCAGCGCCAGUAUUCUCAUAGUAAGCCUCGCCAGCACUGGGUCUCCCAAACAGUCCACAGAGCCCACGCCCACUCCGCAUCUGCACUGUGACCGUGACCAGCCUCCCGCCGCCCUCUGCGCUAGCUAGUCUUGGGCUUCCUCUCCCUGCCCCAGCCCAGACCUGCCUUCCUCCUUUCCACACAUGCUCCCAGCCUCUUAGCUGAAAGCACAAAUGAAAUCAGUAGUUACACUCCAUCUCUAAUAGACUAAACCUAAAUGCCUCUAUGACGGGCUGUCACUAUCCGAGGGUUUCGUGUCACCUUCUCCUAGGGAACCUGCUGCAACACAGGUUUUCCAUGGGAUGGUCAAGCUGUCAGACAUCCAAGUUUACAUCGUUGUAAUUAUUACAGGUAUUUACAAUUUGCAAGGGUUUUUUUUCUUUUUUUUUUUUCGCUUUGUUUUUGUACAAAAGAGUCUAACAUUUUUUGCCAAACAGAUAUAUAUUUAAUGAAAAGAAGAGAUACUUAAAUGUGUGUGUACUUUCCAGGUUUUUUUUUUUAAUUAUUUUAAUCCCAAACAUCCUCCUGAGAAUAACAUUCCCUUAAACAUGCUGUGGAAUAAAAUUAAUCAUGAUGAGUUGGGAGCUGGUGUUUUGAUUUGGUAACUUGGGUUCGGUCUCCUUGGUCGUUGGCAUCAUCUGGGAGCUUGUUAGAAAUGCAAAACCUGGGACCUCACCCCACACCUUCUGAGUCGGUGCUUUGUGUGCACAUUUUGUUUUUAAUUUGGGAAGCACUGGUCUAAAGUUCUGUCUUCCACUGAUAGGGCAUCGUAGGCGCUGAGCAUCCGUAAAGGAUGUUACUUCUAGGAAGAUCAUCUUAACUCACCUGGAAAAACAGACUUUGCUGUGUAAAAAUCUGAUCUACCCAUUUUACAUUGUUGCCUCCUGACCAUAAUUUUUUUUUCCCUUUACUAUGAUAACUUUUAGAAUGGAUCAAAUUAAAUAGAUCCCAACUUUUAGGGAAUAUAUUUAGCAGUAAAAAAGAAUACAAACCCACAGAAAGUAAGUCAGAACUAAAAUCUAACUGUGAAUUAAUAAAUUACAGGUCAGAGCACAGCCUAAUAUUUGUCAUAAUUUAGUUCCACUAGAAACAUCAUCUGGAUCAUAAACUCCAUGAGCUUAAAGGACUGACCCAAGCAUGCAGAACUCGGCAUAGGCAGCACGAGCCACUGAACUCACAGCACAAGCUUUUGGGUGCAUCCAGGUGACUGCUCUUCACUGCCAUCAGGAUGUGCAAUUACACACUGACCUGGGGUUGAGAUGACAUGGUGCAGAGCACUCCAUAAAUUGCAGGAAAAAGUCCCUUGUAAUUCCUAGUCAUUCAAACAGGUUCAGUCUUCCCAUCAAAGCACUCACACCCUUGUGUCAAGUCAACAACUGUUCUUAUCAUUAAACUUCCGUUAUUGA